AUGGAUGAAGCCGGACGCAUUUUCCAAUUGGCAAAGAAUUUUGGAAUCAAGCCCAAUAUCAUAAGCUACAAUAGCUUGAUGAAUGGAUAUUGCAAAAAGGGGCAAGUCGAUGAAGUUUCACGACUUACUAUAAUUCCCGCAAAAAGGUUAGAAAGCGAUGUGGUUUCUUAUAACAUAAUGCUAGAGGCCUUAUUUCGAGAAGGCAAAUGCGAAGAUGGCUUGAAGCUGCUCAAAGAGAUGGAAGCUCUUCAAAUAUCUCCUAAUAUAAAGACUUACAAUAUCUUGUUGGAUGGUUUGUGCGGAGCUCAUCGUAUUGCUGAUGCAUUUUCGAUGUUGCAUACCAUGAAAGAUAAAAGCAUCAUUUCAAACAUUGUGACUUAUACUAUCCUUAUUGAGGGAUUAUGUGAUGAUAAUAAAGUCACACAAGCAAAGGAUCUAUUUGACGAGCUUCCAUCCAAAGGUAUGCAGCCCGACGUCAUAACAUAUAAUAUUCUCAUUGGUGCACUUUGCGAGGAAGGGCAGACAGUGGAUGCUAAGGAUUUAAUGGCGCAAAUGGCAAACAAUGGUUGCUUGCCUAAUAGUGUGACGUACAAUGUCUUUGUUCAAGGUCUUCUCAAAAGGAACAAGACGUGUGAUGCAAUUCCACUGUUGGAAGAGAUGGAUGCAAGGGGUUUCACACUUGACAAAACUAUGUUUUCGAUGUCGAUUGAACCUGUGGUAAAGGAAGGUAGAGAUAGUGUUCUAUUUGAUAAGAUUAAGAAACUUGUACCAAAGGACCUCUAUUCUAGAUAG